UAUUAUUCUAGGGAAUCGCCUUCGGUCACUGAACCAGUCGGAGAGAAGGUUCAAGGACCCGCCAUUUAAGAUAAAGACCAGAUUCUACGAAAUUGAAUGGGAUUGGCCGGCGACGAGGCUUCAAAGCCCACCUCAUAGCCCGAAUGGUCCAUCCAGGAAAUCUUUCAGUGCUCCGAAGGAGGUGGGCGUCAAUAACGUGCGUAGUCCGCUUAAAAGCACCCACACUCAUCAGCUGGAAAUGAGCAAAAUACAAACUACCACCACGUCUGAGAUAGGACGACCACAGAAGCGUGGGAAGUCAUGAAACGCACCUUGGGAUACGUUCGGCUCUGUCAGCCAUAUCGCACGAUCAUAAAAGUGCCCCCGAUCUGGGCCAACUACGAGCCGGAGCAAAGACGUCUUGCCAAACUUGACGCACUCCGGGAACUAUGCGAUGAGCUUCGCCGGGACGCCAGUGUACAGAAUUGGUUCAUUCUGAUACUCGAUGACGAAGGCAGCAUGACAACAGAGUACCUUCGCUACCGCGUCGUAAUCAACAAAAUACAGUUCAUGGCUGCUUCCAUAGCUGUGGAUGUUGACCUGAACGGACACUUGAUGGACGAAAGAGCUCUGAACAUGCAUCUGCGUAUGAUCGAGCGCUGGGUUUCUAAGAACGAGUCGGAAAGAGAGUUUCAGUAUGAGCCGUGCGAUAUCAGGGUCGAGUUUGAUCAGGUUAGGUGGGAUCAGCCGGCUACGAGGAUUGAAAGUCCACCAGAUGUUAAGGGCUUCCUUUCUAGAAACAUUGAAGGGCAUGGCAAGAACGCAACGUCAUCGAAUACCACACUCGGUCGCUCAAGACGAAACGCAGUUGAAAGUCGAGAUAUGUCAGAGGCCCCUUGAGAUCAUUCUAGCGAACAGGCUGGAAGAUUCAAGAUGAUCCCAUGGUAGCGGCACCUCGCUCGUCAGCUCAACCUUUCUCUACUGAUUUCUGGUAAGCUACGUUUCCUGUAGACCCGAAUAAAUAUCAUCAACAGCAC